GCUGCUCAGUCACUGAGUCCCAGCUAGCACUUCCAUCCUAGGAAGCACCAUGAAGACAGCGCUCUGCGUCGUUGCCCUUGUAGGAGCCCUGGUGAUCUGCAGUUUCCAGAAUGUUGCAGCCGCCCCGGUGGGAUCGAUAAUCCCGGAAUGCUGUGAGACGUUUAAGACCACUCCGAUUCGUCACUGGAGGCUUAAAAGCUACGAGGCAACUCCUUGGUGCUCGACUGCCGCUGUCAUAUUCGUCAACCGGAGGAAUAUGAAGAUUUGCACCAGAGCCGGAGAGAGAUGGGUCAAAGCUGCAAUGAAGUAUCUGGACAGGAAACACAAGAAGGGAGAGACGAAGUGAAAGAUCUGCAUUCCAAUGGACUGCCAAGAGUCGUCCGUGAAAGUCCGUUCCAUCCCCUCAGACCCACUGGUGUGGAUGAAAGCGUCGGCAUUGCGUCCACAUCCCACAGAGGUCGGAUUUGUGCCUGGUGCGUUGUGGAGUUGUACAUCAUUGAUUUUUCACUCGUUCUCCUUAUAAACUAUAUAUCCUGUAUAUUAUUUGUAUUUCUGCACUUAUCUUUUUUUCAUUUGUCGAGUUGCUCAGUGUUA